GACUGGAUUUCCUGCCCGGCGGCCAAGAUCCGUGUAAUUAUGAAUAUGACUACUGUAGUCGUCUCAUUUCGACGAUAGAUGACAAGUUUCAGCGACUGUCAAAUAUAGCGCUGAAAGCUGAGCAGAGACACCACAGAUUUUGACGAGGUCGAGAGAGCUAGAGCGCAAACGCGCUUGCUUGCUUUUCCACCCAGCGCCUUCCGCAAUUCUGAGCCAAGUCGCUGUUCAAAAAUGUAUAUAAUUAGGAAAUGAGUUCAUAUUUUACAGCAUUUUGAGUUUAAGUGUUUAGGAGCAUGUCUUCGUUUCGGAAAUUUACCCAGUGGUUUCAACCUGAACCUGAAAAUGUCGUUCUUAACUGGAUUAGAGGAGCAAAUGUCGUCUUCGGACCAGUUACGAGGCGAUAUUUGGACUCUUUUGAGAGGCACAGUGAAGGCGCCAAGCGGAUAACAGAUAGACAACUGGUAAAAGCUUUGAAUGAACUGGGCUUCUUUCCUACAAAAUCACAAGUGUAUUGUAUGCUGCACACUGCUGCUGACUGUUGUCCAAGGGAAACUACAGACCGUAUCACCUUUGGAGAGUUUUGUAUAUUUGCCUCAGAAUUAGAACAACAAUAUGUAAAACCUAGCGUCCUUCCUCGUUUUACCUCGCCCUCACAUUCCAGAUACAGACCUAUCCCUCCUAGUCCUUCAAAGAAACACAGAUCAUCGGUUAUUGCCAAUUUUAAUGUGUUCUUAGGUGGCUCAUGUAACCCGACCACAUGGAGAAGAGAUGUAGCUAUCCCACUUCUCAAACAAUACAGCCUUACCUUCUACAAUCCACAAGUAGAGAGUUGGAGUCCAGAUCUGAUCGAGAUUGAAGAUCAAGCGAAGAGGCUUGCUGAUCUACUCUUGUUUGUCAUUGACAACUCUACAAGAAGUAUAGCAUCUAUGGUCGAAGCUUCGUUCCUUGCAGGUGCUCAGAGGCCUCUCAUUUUGGUGCUAAGAGGAUUGCCUUCAGUUGUUGAGAAUGAGAACAUAUCGAAAAACACUACUUCCUCCUCUGCUGCCUUAACCUUUGACCCACAUAAUGACGAUGACCCCUAUGACCCCGACAGGGAACUAGCCGACAUGGGGACGGCCCAUGCCUUCCUCUGCGACCUAGUGGAGAGACAGUGCCUACCAAUCUUUGACGAUCUGGAUGCCGCACUCCAUUGCACAGCCAAGGUGCUGAAUCAGGGAGUGCCGAUAUCGGACCUGGGGCUGAGCGAUGGAGCUCAACCUGUGAAGUAUCCAGACGUCAGGAUUGGACUGAGACUAAUAAACCUGAAGGAAACUUUCAGGACAUACGAUCCCCAAAAGACUGGCUUCAUAGCAUUAACAGACGCGCUGCUAGCUAUGAGGUCGUUGACCCAGAGAGACCUGUCUUUCCCAGCUUACGAUCAGAUCAUGAGGAGUUGCAGCAAAUCAGGGGACAAGCCCGAGUUUGACUACAACGAGUUCUGUUGCCUUGUGACGGAGUAUCUUUUCUACCAACCUGCCCGUACUGGCCUUUCAAAGAUCUUCCAAUCUACAUACAGGUUCUUCCGUCAGUUUGGGCGGAGCGAUCUCGACGAUGAGGAGGAGGUGGAGAUCCAACGAGAUGUCUUCCUUGGGGGAUCAUGCAGGGAUAGUCAUUGGAGAGAAGAGAUUGUCAUCCCAAUCCUCAGGAAGAAUGGCUUGACCUACUUUGACCCCGUGGUGCCCAACUGGAAUCUUAGAUACCUCCCUCUAGAGGCCCAAGCCAAGGAUAACUGUAACUACCUCUUAUACGUCAUCAACAAUCUAUCCAGGUCAGCUGCUUCCAUGGUGGAGGUUGCACAUUACAUCGGUCAAGAUCGCAAUGUAGUCCUAUGCAUACAGGAUCUCACAGAUGGAGUGGUGGUCGACGGAGAGGAGCUUACACCUAGGGCUGUCAAGGACUACAACAGAGGGCGCCAGUACCUGGCUGACGUGGCCAGCCGUGAGCGCGUCCCGAUAUUUGAGGAUGUGACGGAGGCGACACAUGCACUUGUGGAAAGGAUCAAAAGAGACCAAGAGAAAGUGAUGAGGGAGAAUCCGUCUCCCUCUCACCAUGCGUGUCACAUCCCUGCAACCCCCCAGAACCCUGGGGAUCCUAGGUCGCCCAUGUCCUCCUGUCUUGGACUAUGAUACAAACAAGAGCCGAUCGAGCAAACGCUCUCCUCUUUUCAGACUUGCCACACUCCUCCCCAGAAACCAGGGGCACAUGUACAUGUGGCUUAAAUGCUUCUGCUGUGUCUUGGACUUGAUGGACAUCACCAGGGGUAAUUGAUGAGGAGAUAUAACCCCUUCCAAUCAGAAUACAUUCAUUGUAAGAACCUAUGACACCACUGCAAUCUAUGCUACACUUGAAAUCUAUGCCUAAAUUACCUUUCUUUCAAAUAUACCUGGAAUUUGUAAUGAAUAUAACGGUAAUCCAGGGAAUCAAAAGUGAUAUGUAGCAAGACAUUCAGGUAGUAGAGUUUGCAGUAAUGUCUCUGUACAAUGUAUAUAGGUGAGAUAGAAGCAAAUUUCAUCUAGGUGCGAUUUCCUAGAAGUCAAACGAAGAGCAGAGACCAGAAUUACACCCCUCAUUGCUGAUUAAAAUUCUUGCCAUAGUCCAUUCAUCAAAGCAUAGGGACAAUGUGGCAGUGAUAUGCUCUAUAAAAGCAUUGUAUUAUUAUUGAUAUAGUAGUGAAUGAAAUUUAUGUGAGAACCAAAGUACAUUAUAAUUUGAAUGCUUCUGUCACGAGAGCUGAAAGCUUUAUGUUUUCGGGCUGUCUGUCUGUAUGUCUGUCCGUCCCGCUAUUCAUUACUGUGGUUACUGUGAUAACUUGAGAACUAUUGAAUGGUUGUUAACCAAACUUGGAUGGAGGAUGUAUGAGCAGCGAAGGAUGAAGAGAUUAGAUUUUUUGUGGAAGAGGUCAAAGUUCGAAGGUCAUAGGGUUGUAAAAGUGCUAAAAAAUGAAAUAUCUUGUUACCGCAAUGGUAGGAAAAGCAUUGAAGCAAUUCAAACCAAACUUAAAUGAAACAUGUAUGAGCAUGCAGGGAUGAACUGAUUAAAUAUUGGGUUUAAGAGGUCAAAGGUCGCAGGUCAUGAAAGUGUUACAAAGUCCAGAAAAUAUCUUAUUACUGUGAUAAUUGAACAAAAUUUGAACGAAUGUUGCCAAACUUUGCUCAUAUAUGUAAAACCACUCAAGAAUUUAAGUGACAAGCAUUUGGGUCUGUGGGGUCAGAUAUGUUGAAGGUCACAGGAUCAUUGAUCAAUGAAUUUACAUGUAGGCGGAGGGAUAUUAGAGCGCAGUCUUAUUUAUCUUGUUUAUGUUUAUUGUUUGUAUGAUGUCAACAGUGUUUGCAAUUAUUUUUAGAAGAGUAAAUGUGAUGACGUACGUUGUUGGCAAAUGAUUUGCACUACCAAAGAGUAGGAGGUGUUUUUAAAUUUUGUAUUAUGUGUUUUUUGCCUAUGCUUUCCCUUUUAUAGUUUGAAAGCAAUGAAAGUUCAAGGACUUCCUAUUUUAAUUGUGUCCAUUUAUAGCCGGAACCAAACCAAAGUCAUUCAAUUCAUGAAAUGUUGUUCAAAUGAUGUUGUAGAAUGCUUCCCCCUUUGUCGUUAUAGAACAAGUAUACCAUUUCUGUAUAGCACUUUCCAUGUAGAUAGAAGUAGUCUUGUUGUACAGUCUGUAAUGAAAUAUUACCUAGUAGCUGAUAUACGUGUACAUAAAUAGUUUUAAAAGAAAUACACCGCAUGAAAGUGAUAGCAUGCUUUUGUUUGUAUUUUGAAGAUGUAUAUGAUCAUACCGCCCCCCCCUUAUAGACAGAAAACUUAUCGUCUGCCGAGAGCCAGGAGGGCAUUAACUAAAUUCUUGUCCAGAUAGUUAACUCUCUUCUGUCUCUCAUCAGACCAACUUUCACAUCUAAACUAUGGAUCCAUACUAGACUUUGUGGCAAUAUAUCAUCACUAAGGGAAACAUCUAUACCUACAUAAAUAUUGGCCGGUGAUUAUUUUUAACUGGUUCUUAUUUUACGGUGGUUAACAAACUUUUAUAGAACUUAUUGUUGUGUUGCAAAUUUGAAAUACACACUUUGAAGAUCAGGAUAUUAUUCGUCAUUUAGUAAAUUCUCUUAAAAAAAAGAAUAUGGCAACAUUGUUAGCAUUUCAAUCAUGGAUUUUAGAAUGAUGUAUUUCUUUAGGCAUGAGAGAAUUUUUGUGGAAACACAUUUUUUGAUACUUUGAAAGAUGCAAUAUCACUGCUCUUCACAGGUUCACAUGUUCAAGUUUGAGCUUUGUUAAAUUUAAUUGAUAUGUGAGACAGAAAGACAUAGAUUCAUUCAUAUCUGUAGUUUUUAUAUUGAAAUUAUGAUGACAACAUAUUUUUGAUACCCAAGGAAUACGUUUUUCCAUCAGGUUUACAUAAAUAUGAACUACGAUAUCCUAUAAAUUAUUCCUCUUAAAUACAAUUGAUAAUUACCAACACUUCAAAUUGGUUUUCAUAGUACAGUGGGGACAAUGUACACAAAAUAAAACCCAUGUAUUAAAGAGGACAGACAUUACAUGGGGAUAAUAUGUAAACUCUUCAUGGAGUAUUUAGAAAAUCACUAUUCUCUUGAAAGAAUUGCAAUCUAUUUGUCGUGGAAAUUCAUACAUGCACAUACAUGUAUCUAAAUGAUAUUGUGUGAUUACUACGUUUACUUUCUAAUCUACUUUUCUUGUAUUGUGAUUUUUCUUGAUGGUCAAACAGAGGGGAAUUAUGUAUGAUAUAAAAUUAAGGCAACUGCUUUGGUUCUUCCAUUGUAGGGGAAAUACGAUUCCCCACGUGGUGCUAUUAAAUACUUAAACGAUAAUUAUGUGUAUUUGAUUGACCGACUGUACAUCAAUAUGCAAUUUAUGUGAAGUAUAUGUACAUAUAUAUGUUUACAUUUUGUACAAUGUUAUAUACCCCGGUAAUGCCUUUUAAGCACUGAUGAUGUCAUUGGAUCUAUAUACAUAUACCUGAUAACUUUGUAGCACCUCUUAGAUAGUAUUCGAUCACGAUGCCUAGAAUUACCAUUACGUAUGACCUCAGAUAACCUCUGACCUCUGUUUUUAUAAUUACCACACUCAUCAAAGGUCAAUUAAAUAUGUACAUUGUAACCUCAUGUUCCUGCACAAUGAAGGAGUGCUAUCCUUCUUGAAAUAAAGAAGCAAAUAAGAAAUUGUGCACCAAUUUCAUUGUAGUGUUGUAAUGAAGACACAGUUCAGAUUUCCAAUAGUUUUUGCAUGUAUAAUAUUAUAGUCUGUUUGAACCCAUGAGGGCCUUAACAUGUAUCAUUUAACACAGGGUUAAAUGCCAUUGUGGCUUCAGACAAUAUAUUCAAGAAAUGUAGACCUAUAUGUAUCUCAAUAACCAAAACUACAUACUACAAACCAUUGCUGUCUUUACUUUUGUUCUGAGCCAUUUCUAGGUUGACAUUUAUAGAAACCACUUCCUUAUAUCGGAAUGAGUGUCUUGUGAUAUUGUGUUUAUUAACAACGACACUCUUUUAAUGAUGACAAUGAUGACUUUUUAUAACAAUAUUACUUGAACGUACACAAUUUCCACUUUCAUGUCUUUUGUCUGUUUUUUUAAUACCUUACUCUUGUCAUCUUUUUUAAAUGUGGAAACAUAUUUUUGAGGGUUUGUGAUAUUAUCAAAUCCCUUGAUGCUAUUGAAUUUAAAUCAAAUUAAAUCGCAAUGUCAGGUAGCCAACUCAUGCUGCAUUCAAAUUACAUUACACAUUAUCUAGCGAGUGAGGCGAAUAUGUGGAAUUCUAUUUCCAAACUGAAAUUUCAUAUAAAUGUUGUACAAAAGCUACUUUUGUAGACAAAUUGGCUUUUUUCAUUCAGUGAAAAGGCCAAAAUAUCUGUGAAAGAAAGCAUGUACAUAUUUUUGGUGCAAUAUUUUUGUUAUCUCACAUUUUAUAGGAAAAUUGACAUUAUUUGAAUGUACAAUCAAUGAAGAUAAUGUGGAAACUCGAAUACUUUCAAAUCAUAUUCUUUAGAAAUAGAUCAGUUUUCAGAAACAAAUUUUCUUUCGUGCUGUUUUCAGGUAGGUCUUGCUUUGAUUGAAUUCACUUACAAAAUCUAAUUUAGAGGGAUUUCAAUACCCUAUUGUAAUGCCUAAAUAAAUCUUGUGUGGAUUGUGUAGUAACUCAUCGACAUGUUCAUCCAUUUUAAUUGAUGAGGCACAAGGUGAUUUGUCCUAUUUUGAUUUAUAAAAAAAACCCUUUUCAGUCGAGUGUUUUUUAUUCGAUCAUUUAGUUCUUGCAUUUGUGAAAGUAUGCUUUGAUACUAUUCUUAUGGCAUGAGAAAUUGAGUUUGUAUAUUUUUACCCCGUUUUGCAAUGAUGCCAAAAAUACUUUGGCAACCUUUGUUAUUAGAUGUAAUGUAAAUCUAUAUUUUCAAAGUAGGAAUAUACAUUUAGAAUUGCCUAUAUUCGACUGCUGUGUCCUCCGCACAUUGUUGCCGUACACUCCUUCAAAUGAAAUGUCGAUUUGAAUAUUGAAAAUUAUAUCAAUAAAGAGAAAUUUAUUUGUUAAGAUGAUUAGUAUGUGUAUGUAUAGAAAGACAUCUUCGUGUCAAUCCAUUACCACAAAUAGUAAUUAUCAUAUUAAUUAAAAAAAAUAUGUCAGCUGUGAAGGUGAAUCUUUCAAUGAUUAGUCAGAUAAUGGCUAUGUAAUCAUAAUUUUUUUGUUUGUAACCUUUUAUUUCAGGUAAACAGAUUUUGGUGUUGAGGAAAUAAGUGUUUUGCGUCAUUCUGUUACUAUGAAAUUACCCAGAGUGUAUACGAUUCUACUAUUAUAUGUCCAUUUCACUUGAGAAUUUAUCGUUAUUUUUUUUGAAAGUCGAGUUUAUUGCCAGAUGCAUUGAAUAUGUGCAACACUCAGUAUAUGAAAUAAUGCAGUCCAAAUUUAUACCACGAUACUUUUAUAUAUAUCUUAAAAUAGUGUUGAGUGAACCUAUGACAGACAUGUAGUAAGUAAAUAAAAAGUACACCAGAUUUUGAUUAAAAA